AUGCCGGCUGGGAUCGAGCUUGCUCGUCACGCCUGUCUCCCAUGUCGGAGAAGCAAACGGCGUUGCGACAGAAAGCUUCCCAGCUGUGACCUUUGCAUCAAAAAAGACACUGAUUGUAACUACCCUGGUGCUCGAACAUCCGAGAGAGAUUCACGUACAGUAUACAGCCAGACACCGGAUAGUCAGUCAUCACCGGAGACCGUUCGGUCUUGUAACACUGAAGCUAGUGCUGUCUACUUCCUGGCACCACACCUCUUCCGACAAGCCCAGCUCGAACUGCCCCGGUCUGAUUUCCCAAUUCCUGCAGAGGUCUCAUCACUAAUUGGAGAUGCAUCCUCUAUACGAGAGAUUGCAAAAACAUUUUUCUCAACCAUUCAUUUAUGGCUUCCCAUCAUAUUCAAAAAGGGCUUUUUUGUUUCCAUGUUGAAUCCGUGGACGCAACGACAGACGGAGCUCAGUCUUCUCGCUCUAUGCAUGAAACUCUGCAAUACAGCACCAUCCGAGGAUGAUGGCUCCAACAACUUUCUUUAUCGCACUGCAAAACGUUUCCAUCAUGAGGUGGUAACAGCUGGCGUCCUUUCGACACACGUGCUCCAAGCUGGAUUGCUUAUUGCACUCUACGAGAUGGGGCAUGCUAUGUAUCCUGCCGCAUAUUUGACCGUGGGUGCAUGUUCACGAUAUGGACUAGCUCUAGGUAUACAACAGAAUUGCUAUCCCACCUCGGCUGCUGACGAUGGUUUGGAGAUGCGUGGGCAGCGUUCAUGGAACGAGGUUGAAGAGAACAGAAGGGUGUGGUGGGCUGUUUUAACAUUUGAUCGAUUUCUGAAUCUCAACAAUCCCGCAAGACCACUAUCAACCGAAGAUCCAACCUUUGAUACGUAUUUGCCGGUAGAUGAUACAUCAUGGAACGAUUGCACUGCCAAAGCUAGUGAUUCUGUCAAGAUAUCAACCGGUUUCUCACUCAAAUUAGGAGGCUUCGCCAGGUUAGCUCAGGCUACUUAUUUAUUGAGCCAGGCAUUUCAUUCUGUCGCACCAUCAGCAGUGAUAGAAGAUGGUAUAAAGGACCUCGACCAAACAGCACAAUUACGCCGAACCUUGCUCGCUCUUGUACACGCUGCAGAUAGCGAAGCAACCCAUCGAAGGCUAGACUUUUGUGCUUCGUCAGAAUUGAGUUUUAGUGCAAUUCUACUACUUCAGCAACAUCACUUCCAGCAUAUCGCUAUUUUUAAUAUGCCAGACGUACUACCGGGGGUUUCAUUUGACCAUUUAUGGUCUGAGUCUUUCGAGGCCGUAAAUCGGUUGAUCAAGGCGGCUGCAUCGUACAUCAAUCUAACGACGGCUGAGCCGAGCAAAGCGGACUGUAUUCCGAUAUUUUUCACUCAUGUCUUGUAUCAGGUGGGCUGUAUUCUCCUGAUGUUUACACGAGGCGCAUUGUUGGAUGGGAAAAUUGGCGAGAAAUUAGGGGUUGUCAAGAGUUUACUUUUACGAGUAAAUGCACGAUGGCGGGUUGCUGGCAUUUAUGCCGAUGUAUUACAAGCUCAAGAAAUCGAAUUGGCUUCAGAAACCCACAACACAACUCGACCAUUUGUUUGCUUGACCUGA